UUAUUGCACCGCAGUGUAGAAAGUUCAGUUGAACGGAACGAAUCAACUAUUAUCUUGUCUGUUACUGUGGGAAUGCGAAUUUUUUCGUCAUCCCGAAGAAAUAAUACAAAGCGGGCAGCAUGGUUAGGCCUUAGUACAAUCUGUUCGUUGAAUCUGUGGUUAGACCCUUUGUUUAGUUCUUAACUGUUUGCAUGUGAGUAAACAUUGUGUUUUCUUUUCUGCGAUACUACAUGUUUGAUCAAGAUGUCCUGGCUCUUUGGUAAAAAGAAACAUAAGGAUUCACCUCCAGAUUCUACAGAAGAGGAACAUCCUUCUGGAGAUCAAUCUGAUGACUUUGUAGUAAUUGAAAAAAGAAGAACUUCGUUACCACCUAAUGUCAGCGGAGAAGGUACAUCGCAUUCUGGAUUAUAUCCAUUCAUAGGUGGUACACCUACAUAUCCUGCCAUGUCAACCGGUAACUUGCCACAAUUGAGUCAACAAGUGGAUGUUCCUAAUUAUUUGAGCGGCGUGCCAUUCAAAUUAUGCAAGGAAUUGCAAAGUAAUGUGAACAACGACUUAGAUAUAGAUGGAUUGAGGAUCAGUGAAAUAUUGUCUUUCAUUGAGAGAUUAGAAAAUCAAAACUAUGAUUAUGACUUUACCCUUGAGGAAAGUGUCAUAACUGAAAUGGAUAGUAGGAAUGAGUAACUUGAAAUCCUUUGAUCCUGACUUUUACAACACAUAAAAAUAUAUAAACUUUAUGAAUUAAAAAGUCAAACUUAAUCAUAGCCACAAAACAAAUCUCUUAAUUAUAUGAUUGCAUAAUAGAACAAUAGUUGGAACCUAUUAAAAAUUAAUCAGGAUUGUGACUUUAAUAACAUUUCAAGCCCAUUGAAAUGGGUAAUAUUGUCUCUAUUCUGCAUAAUUACCAAAAGGACAACUGCAUUGACAUAAUAAAUAUAUAAUAUAAUAAUAAUAAGAUGAUAUUGACAUAAUAAACAUUAAGUUUGACUCUUUAAUUACAUACAAAUUUUGUAUUCUGGAGACACAUUCUUAUUUUUUUUAUGACAGUAAUUAAAAACUUUUUACACAUAAAGGAUAAGUAUAAAUAUAUCGACAAAAAUUAAAUGUUAUCUGCUUAAGUAUAAACCAAACUUAUUUGUUAAAAACUAUUAGUCUAAAAAGAAUGUUAUUUCAAGUUUAUUCUUUAAUGUAGUCGGUUGUUGUAAAGAAGAGAUGAUGACUUUAAUAAUGCCAUAAUGUUUGUAUAUGUGAUUAAAACACAUAUUCAAUGUUGUGUAUAAUUUACAGAAGAGAGUGAAUUGAAUUGUAUUGAAUAUAUAAUUAUAAUAAAUGUAAGAUGUGUAUAAUACAAUACAUACGCAUUAGUAGAUA